AAACAUGGAGAAGGAGCAGGCAGUCGUGCAGUUGUAUAAUCAUUCUGAGAAGUUGUGUCGUGUGGUACGGACAUUUGACGGUGACUGUUAGCUUGCAAUGUUGACAGAAAGUGUUUUGUAGAUAAUAAUCGAAAGUGUGUGCUUGUUAAAAAUGCCCACCGCGCCGGAUUCCGAAUACGAGUUCGUAUCGCAAGAGUGGCUUCUGGCCGAAUUGAGGAGCGAUUCGAAAAGUUUGGUUAUUUUAGACUGUAGAAGUUCGAACGAGUACGGAGAAUCUCACAUUCGAGAUGCCGUCAAUUUUUCUAUUCCUUCUAUAAUGCUACGACGUUUGGCCGCUGGAAAAAUUGAUCUCGUUUCGACGAUAAAGUGCAGAGAACUUAAGAAUAAGAUUUGUAGCAAUUAUAAAGAGAAUUUGUUCGUUCUUUAUAAUGAGUUAUACGGAGUUCAGCAACACCUGAGUGAUUCUACGCUAAGCGUUUUACUGCGAAGGCUGACUCAAGAUGGUUGCCGUGUGGUGUGCUUAGAAGAUGGAUUUUCGAGAUUUAAAGCGUCUUAUCCUGAAUGGUGCGACAGCUGUUCUGAGUUAUUAGAGACGACGGGAACUUUGCCUCCGGCUGCAGGUCCUGACCCACUACCCCUUAUGGGAUUACGAUCGUUAAGAAUCUCAGCACCGCCGCUUCAUCGACCACAUCGUAGUUGUGACAGCCUCUCUUCGGCAGCAAAUAGUUCGACUGAUAGUUCUGAUACGGAUGAUAGAUGUGACAGCUCUUUAGGUUUAGAAGACGACAAAGAGUUUCCUGUUGAAAUUUUGCCCUACUUGUUUUUGGGGAACGCUGCGAAUAGUGAAGACAGCCAAGCGCUUGCUAGGCAUAGUAUACAGUACGUUCUGAAUGUAACGCCCGAUCUUCCCAACGUAUUCGAGGACCUCGGAAGUAUAAAGUACAUGCAAAUUCCAAUAACGGAUCAUUGGUCCCAAAAUCUGGCUAGUCAUUUUCCGCAGGCGAUCGAAUUUAUAGAUGAAGCAAGAUCUCACAAGAAAGGUGUGUUAGUUCACUGUUUAGCCGGAGUAUCCCGUUCCGUUACAAUAACAGUAGCAUAUUUAAUGUACAAGUGCUCGCUCAACCUAAACGAUGCCUUCAAUCUAGUGAGAGCUCGAAAAUCUAACAUCGCUCCCAACUUUCAUUUCAUGGAACAGCUCCACAACUUCGAAAGAGAAUUAAAACUGGACGUUUCGUCGCAAAGUCCCAGCAGCCUCAUGGAGCAGAUACGUAGGGAACAGCACGACGUACGAAAGGUCGAGGAGAACAGAUCUAGACAGUGUCCGAAUUGUCGACUGCGUGACGAUUGCAAGUGCAGGCAACAUACGGAAUUUUUAAGUCCCCUGGCCCAUAUAGGGGUCAGUCCGGAUUCGGGUAUCGAAUUCGAUCGUUGGUCUUCCAGUGCGACGCCAGGCGAAUGAGAUAACAAGGGGGGGUCUCAGUGGCACUUUUAAACAAUGUUCGGUCUAUUAUCAGACCAAUAAUAGUGUUACUGUUAUCUCCCCAUUUAAAUCUAGCAAUUAUCCUUUUUCCAACUCGUAAAAAUAUUUUUUGUCAGUAUUAUUAUUUUUAUUUCUAAUUUUUCACCUAAAUUGUUCACAUUGUUACAUUCAAAGUUAGAUAUUAAGUAGGUACUCUUUCUGUUUACUAUUCUGUGAUUUUUCUCAGUGAUGGAUAUCUAAUUAUUUUAAAUUACCCCUCCCAAGCCGACGGGAAUGAUUUCAAAAUAAUUAGGUAACGAUCACGGAGAGUUAAUAAUAGGAAAACAUUUAUCGAAAAACUUUCCUUCAAUUUGCUCUUUAUACUAGUGAAUUGCGAUCUGGUACUUGACAGAAAAUGGAUAACAUAGUAUGUAUAUUUCUCACGCAAUCUAGUCGAAAAGUACAUAGUCUGUCAUAAUUUGUAACGCGGAAUAACUUAAAAAAGUUAUAUUAUAAGAAGAAAUUUAAAUACACAAAGUGUAUGGAAUCAAUAUUUUUGGAAUGUAUCCAUAGGUGGAUGUUAACCAUAUUUUGAAUGAAAAUAUGGAUGUAAAUAAUUUGUAGUAUUAAUCUCCAAGCAUGGGUGUAUUAUUAAACCCAUUCCAUUUUGUGUUCUCUUACAUUUAUAAUGAAAAAUAAGCGUAAAUGUGGAUUUGUUUGGAAUUAAUAUCGGUGCCAUAUUUUAUUAUCUCGUUAAUUAGAUAAUACUUGCCAUUUAAUGACUCGUUAGAAGCAUUUUUUAACAAUUUUUCAUAUCACGUACCUAUCAAGUUUGCCAUUAGUAUAGGCGUGUUUGUUUAUUCAGUUUAAAUCCAUCGAUGAGCUGUCAAUUAAUUGUGAAUGGAUAGAUGAGGUGCUGAAUCUAAACGAAUACACCUUUUUUUUAUACAAAAUUUUGUAAUCGCAGUGGCAGCCUUGAUAAGUCUGAUAUUCGGUAGGGGGGAAAAAAAUGCAAAUAUCAUUGGGGAAAAGUGAUUUUUGCAAGCUCUUUCGAUUUUAAGAAAAUAUAUUUAAUAGACUUAAGUAAUGUAAACAAUCAGUUGUUAACAAUUUAUGUGUGUAAUAAAAAAAGUAAUGUGUUUGUCAUAAAUAUUUCAGACAGUAGGGUUGUGGUUCUGUUACUCAAAACUAUGAAGCGAGCUUCCUUUGGCAGUUACUCUGGAAAAUUUUAUGGCACUAACAUGUUAUUGAAAUAAGACUUUUUCAUAGUUCAGUAAAAUGCUAUUUAAGAAAAUGUACCUAUAUAUAUACACUGUUAUUUAUAAAUAACAUAGUAUUUAUUAUUGUUAUACAGGGUGUUAACAAAAAGUAUCACAUUGGAAAUGAUCGUUGAUAACAUCUUAUGUUAGAUAAAUGUAAAUGUAUUUUUUAUUAUUGCCCGUCUAACAAAUGUAACAUUCCCAGUGCAUUAAUUUUUUAAUAUUUCUACAAGCACACAUAUUCUUCCAUUUAUUGUUUAUGAGAGUAUGAUGUAUAUUGUUUGUAAUCUUUUCAUAUCUUAUGUAUAAAGUUAUUUUGUAUAUCACUUCUUACAAAUUAAAUUUCUCUAUAAUA